AUGAUCGCGCGGGAAGAGUCUGCGCCGUCUGGGGUGCUCAAAGCAGCAAUGCAGGCUCUGGGCCGCACACUGACCGCACUGACGCCCCAUGCGCCCCCUGGACAUGUUGCCCAAGUCGAUCAGGGAGUUCAGACUCUCAUCUCGCAGCUGCGGCGACCUCCAGCCUCGGCCCCCUCGGAGAAGAAAGAGGACUGGUGGUCCAGUCAGGAUGAUGGGAAGGAUGGCUACGAGUAUGACUAUGACGUGAUCGAUUUUGCUGGCACAUCGAGCAUCUCCCAGGCAAGCACAGUCAGUCCAGGUUCGUCCCGCCGCAGAUAUCGCCACACCAUGGCCAUGGGCACACUUCUUGGCGAGAUCCCGACGUUUAGCAAUCAACCCUUGACGGUCACGCAGACAAGUACCAACAGAGGCUUGGCGUAUGGCUCCCUGCCGCUCGCUGCUCCCGUUGCAAGCUCUUCCCCAUUCGCUGCCGUGCCGCUCUCGACCUCAAAGCCUGGUGUGACGGGGCUGACCUACACGACGACAACCUCAACGCCUCCAGUGUCCUACAUGGUCCCCAGCCGCACAAACUCGGCAUAUAUUUAUGGCCAAGGUAAUCUCCCGGGUGGCGUCAGCUUGCCUCCCUUCGAGUUCAAGUUCGUCAAGGAUGACUACUUUGAUUCUCCAUCGCCGGUGGACUCAACGAGCAACUACCACAAGGGCUAUGACAUGCCGGGAGAGUACGCCGAUGUCUCAGCCUUCCCUGCGCCGCAGUCGAUGGGGGCGCACAUGCAGGAAGCAGAUCGCCUGGACAGACAGAUCGAAGCCCACGACCAGAAAGUUCGAGAGCUGGCUGCGCAGCCUCUCUCCGUGCAGAGCUUGGAAACACAGAUCCAGGAGCUCUUGGAUGGGCAAGAGUCCUUGCGGUACGAGCUGCGGCAGGUGAAGAUGCAGGUGGAGCAGAAUGCCUCAGACCUCGAGACCAUUCGCCGGGAGCGGCACAUGCCGCAGUCAGCUGCGGGCUCUAUGGUGCAGGCCCAUCCCUUGCCAGUGGUGCAGCAGCCUCCGCCACCCAUGCCUUCAGCGCAAAAGCCCAUGGCACAGCCCAUGACGCAGCCAAUGACACAGCCGAUGACGCAGCCCCAGCCGAUCGCGAUGCAGACACAGAGGUCGCACCGACUGACCUUGCCGCCGGAGCCGGCCGGCAAAUAUGAUAAGAUUGUGCACAGCAACCUGGGCUACUGCAGCGACACCGGCUUCGAUGCAUCGGACAUGCUGAGCAAGGCACACGCCAGGGCAAUGGAUUCGGCGAUGAGCCUGCACCAGACUGUCAAGGGCUACGUCGCUAACUUCCAGGCAGCAUCACUUCCCUUCACACUUGAAGCUUUGGGCGUGGCAUCCCAAAGGUCCUCGCCAUCUUCGGGCGCAGCGCAGGCAGCUGCCGAGGCGAUCGGCCGCAUCGCGCUCACCACCGCGGAAUGGAGACCCGUGCUCCAUGGCUACGCCAUGGAGGCGAUAGUCGCGUGGAUUCGAUCUGGCACAGCUGGACGGAAGUUCAACAAGUAUCUGUUCUGGGCGGCAGCUGCGCUGUCGGGGAUGCCGUUUGUAGCCGCCGAACUCAAGCUGCACAUCAACUGCAUCUCAGCUGUGGAUGCGGCUCUGUGCACGGUUAUUGACAUCCUGGACGAAGAUAUCGAUGGGGAGUACACCUUGGCUGGUACCGAUCGCGGGGAGGCUGAGAUGCCCGCCCUCGUGGCCCUGAUCGUGGAGGCGAUGCGGCUCCAUCCUGCAGCUCCCGAGGUUCAAGCCAGGGGGGCCACUUGCAUCAGCUUCUUGGUGCCCUUUGUAGAGUAUGCCUCGCUGCAAGCGGUGGCGCCGGCGGCCAUUGUCGGUGUGCUUACUGGAUCGCGGCGGUUCCCACGGAGGAUGGAUGUGAUCAGUGGGGCAGUGGCUGCACUGAGAGCCUUCUGCGACCUCGCCAGGUGCAAAAAGCGCCCGGACGCGAAGGGGGCAGAGGUCAUCGUGGCUUCACUGCAGCGAGAGGGCGCGGUGGACUGCAUAGAGCAGGCCUUCGGCUACUUCUCUCACUACGAAGAUGCGAUGCAGAUGCUAGAGGAUGCUGCCGCGGUCUCCGCGCAGAUCUCUGGGGUGGAGGCUUUGUUGAAACGCCUGGGAGAGGAACCGGCAACGUCCCACCUCCGCAUGGCCGGACUCAAGGCCAUCUUCGAGGAAGGCCGUGCGGACCUCGACUUCCUUUCGGCACGUGCCUGCGCAGCUGCUGUGGAGGCUUGCGAACGCAUGAUGCUGGAGGCCUCACAAUACAACGAGUCCGAGAAGGAGCCCUCUGACCCUCCUAUCGACACGCAGCGAUUGCAUGAGGUUGCCUCCCUGCUCUCUGGCCUGUGCGCAGGACGGUUGCGGGCUGCUUGCCUCGCGUGA